AGUGUGCGCUGGUUUUGCGAUUUUCUAAAGAUAUAAAUAUAUCUAUCUAAUCUCUAACAAAUCUCGACGCCAAUAUUUACUUAUAUCCCCCGCCAAUACCGAAUUUCUCAACUCUAUUAUCUAUCCAUAUCACACCUCAAAUUCAAUAUCCCAAUGACACAAAAUUAAAACCAAUCAUAAAGAAAAAAAUGUCAGACCCAACUUCAGCCCAGUCCACCCCUUCCUUGCCCAAUCCGCAACCAAUACAACAACAAGAACAACAACAGCCAGAAAGCAAAGAAAAAGAAGAACAAAUUCAACAAAUAGCUAUCCCUCUAGCAGAGGGACAUCGGGAACUCGUCCACCUACCGCGCGUGACCAUAAGAUACUGUACGCAGUGCAAAUGGCUGCUCAGGGCGGCAUAUUUCGCCCAGGAGCUGCUGUCCACCUUCUCCACGACACUGGGGGAGGUGUCUCUCGUCCCGGCUACCGGUGGCGUGUUCACAGUAUCCAUCCUGCACGAGUCUAAUGUCGAUUUCACGACGGCGGAGACCGUGCUAUGGGAUAGGAAAGCGGAGGGCGGGUUUCCGGAAACAAAACAGCUAAAGUCACUCGUCCGUAACAUUAUCGAUCCCUCGCGGGAUCUGGGACAUGUUGAUCGUGCCCUUGCUAAGAACCACGGGAAGGCAGGAGGAGCUGAUACUACGGGGAAGACGGACAUGAACGUGAUGCCUACGCAGACCCAGGCACAGAACGGAUCGUCUCCGCCUGUUACUGCCAUUACCGAUGUUUGUAAGGACUGUGAGUGAGAGGGAGGUUGGUUAUAUGGAGCUAUCUAUGUGUCUCUUCUCUACUUGGUGUGUUCAAAUGGGGAGGGGGGGACCCUCCCCUACCACUCAACAAGGUGCGUGUGAAGGUGAAGGGCGUGGGAUAUGACUAUGAAAGCUGAAGGGAAUGAGUGACGUCCCCGUGUAUGGACGAUUUGGCCUAACUAUUCACGACGGGUCCAAUAGACACACCCCUCUUCGAAAAACGUAUUGAAUGAAGCGCCCGACUUGAGGCGUGGGGAUGUCGAUAUUUCUGAAUUUCCUUUUUUUUUUUUUUUUUUUUUUUUUUUUUUUUUUU